AUGAGCAAUAACAAAAAACCGCCAGGUGGCACAGAAGAUCCAGCCGAAAAGUCCGCCGACCAAGAAGCAUUCUUCCAAACCAGCCCCGACGCAGAAUCCCAAACAACAUCAAGCCAAGACGAGCUCCCCAGCAGAGAAAAACCCAAAAUAUCAGAAGAUGGAAAGCGCAUCCUCACUGAAGACGACUGCUACGAUGUCCUCGGCUACUCCUGGCCAUCAUGGAAGAAGUGGAUGCUCCUGUCGUCCAUUUUCGCGGUCCAAGUCUCCAUGAACUUCAACACGAGCGUGUACCCCAACAAUAUCACGCCGCUGAGCGAACACUUUCAGAUCAGUGAGCAGGCGGCGCGGGUUUCGCAGUGCGUUUUCUUAGUCUUGUAUGCGUUUGGAUGUGAGCUCUGGGCGCCGUGGAGCGAGGAGUUUGGUCGGUGGCCGAUUUUGCAGUGUUCGUUGUUUUUGGUGAAUAUUUGGCAAAUUCUGGGUGCUCUUGCGCCGAAUUUUGGAUCUGUCAUUGUUGCUAGGGCUCUUGGUGGUCUUAGUUCGGCCGGAGGCAGUGUCACGCUGGGCAUGGUGGCCGAUUUAUAUCAGGCCGAAGAUCAAGACUGGGCAGUUGCAUUUGUAGUCCUAUCUUCUGUCUUUGGUACGUCCAUCGGACCUGUGGUUGGUGGCCCAAUCCAAAAGUAUCUUUCCUGGCGAUGGAAUUUCUGGAUUCAGCUCAUUUUCGGAGCUGCCGUUCAAGCCGUCCACUUCUUUAUGCCUGAAAGCCGAGCCACCAUUCUCAUGGACCGAGAAGCAAAACGGAGGAGAAAGUCCGGCGAGGACCCUGACAUCUGGGGCCCAAAUGAGGUGAAGAAGCCGAGGAUAUCUGCCCGUGAAGUCCGCAUUACCUGGAUCCGGCCAUUCGAAAUGUUCAUCCGCGAGCCCAUAGUUCUGUCUUGUUCCUUGCUGUCCGGUUUCUCGGACGCCCUCAUCUUUACCUUCCAGGAGGGAUUUCACCCCGUAUAUGAGAAAUGGGGAUUUGGCAUUCUCGAACUAGCUUGGGCAUUUAUCCCGAUCAACAUUGGCUACUUCAUCGCAUACGCGAGCUACUUCCCUUGGAUCAUGCGUGAUCAACGCAUCAUCAAGACCAAGGGACCGGAAGCUCUUGCGCCAGAGCACCGACUGAAAUGGCUCUUGUUUCUCGCCCCGCUAGAGACCAUCGGACUCUUUGGAUUCGCCUGGACGUCAAUGGGACCGCCUGAGUCGCACUGGAUUGCGCCAAUGAUCUUCUCGUGCCUCAUUGCGAUUGCCAACUACGGUAUCUACAUGUCCACGAUUAGUUACAUGCUGGCUGCGUAUGGACCUUACUCUGCUAGCGCAACUGGUGGCAACGGAUUCGCGAGAGACUUCUUGGCUGGCAUUGCUGCCAUGUACUCCACGCCUUUGUAUACCAACAUCGACCCGAAUGGACGGAAUGUCGAGUAUGCCAGCACGAUUCUUGCCUGCCUGGCAUUUGUGGUCACGGCUCCCGUGUACCUGAUUUACUGGAAGGGCCCUUGGCUGCGCGAAAAGUCCAAGUUUGCGCAGUCUCUUGCGGCGGAUAGAAAGGCAAGAGGUGGACGGCGAGUAUCUGAAGCCACGAAGGAGCAGUUGGAGCCGCAGAACCUGUAA